AGAGAAACGGGUAUAUUGAGAGGGUGAAAACCUCAUGCCUUCAUGUUGGUCACUUUGUUGCAUGCAUGUGUGUGUGUAUGGGGACACAAUUUCUGACAGUGUCCUCAGAUGAAUGGCAAUAAGCCAAUUUCUAUGCGUCAGAUGAAUACCACAAGGCAAAAAGGUUCUCAACACUUGAAUUCAUUUCUAAUAAUGACAAAAUCAGCAUUUUAGAGUUGGUCUUUAGUAAUUAUAUUUUGGUUAUGUUAAGAACAAGUGUGAAAGGGAAGUCCCCACAAAAGUAUUUGAGCAGUGUGAUUGUGUGUGUAUGUGAGUAUGUUCACUCCUGUCCUUUCUCACCCUCCGGAAAGGAACAGUCGUGCCCACCUCUUCCCUUUGUUCUCCCACAAAAAUAUCCACACACACACACUUACACAAACCAUCAACAGGUGCCUGCCAGGGCAGAGUCCACACAUUCCUUUCUCCGUCCCAUAAUUCCCUUUCCUCCCAACCAAUCACAGACCAGCUUUUCACAAGUUGCAGGGAGGAGAAAAGUGAUGAGGUGACCAUGUCAGGGUUUGGUAGGAAAGGUUUGGCACUGUAAUUAACACAAGGUUCAGCACUGUAAUUAGCUGUUGGUUAGAGAGAGGACAGACACUGUGGAGUGGGAUGUGCAAGUUAGUGUGAGUGCAUGUGAGAGCUUGUUAAGGUGUCCUUGUACAUGGUGCCAGUGGUGACGGCUGGUGCCAGACUGUGGAUAUACCGUUUGUACUUAUAAUGAAGUCUCUGCUUUGGGUCCUGUGGUGCUGCUGGCUUCUGACUCUCACAGUGGCAUCCGAGGCUGAACGGAGACUACUGGAGGAUUUGUUUCAGGAUUACAACCUGAAGGUGCGCCCAGCACGUACCUGGAAUGAGCGAGUGAUGGUCCGAGUGGGAAUGACUUUAGUACAGCUCAUCAGCUUGAACGAGAAAAAUGGAGAGAUGACAACAAACGUGUUCAUGAAUAUGGAAUGGACAGAUUACAGGUUAUCUUGGAAUCCUGAGGACUAUGACAGUAUUGACGUUGUGCGAAUUCCUCCUUUAAAAGUGUGGCGUCCAGACAUCUACCUAAUCAACAAUAAUGAUGGUCAGUUUGACGUUGCCCUGUAUGUGAAUGUGCUAGUGAGGAGUGAUGGAACCGUCUCCUGGUAUCCACCAGCCAUCUACCGCAGCUCCUGUUCCAUAGAGGUGGCAUACUUUCCAUUUGACUGGCAGAACUGCACGAUGGUGUUUCGUUCCUACACAUAUGAUUCCUCAGAAGUGGACCUUCAGUAUGGUCUAGAUGAAGAUGGCAACGAGCUCCAUGAGAUAGUGAUUGAUGAGAAUGCAUUCACUGAGAACGGUGAGUGGCAGAUUUGUCAUAAGCCCAGCAGAAAGAACAUCCACGAUGACUUGUAUGAGGACAUCACCUUCUAUCUGAUUAUUGAGAGGAAGCCCCUGUUCUACAUCAUUAACAUCAUCGUGCCCUGCAUCCUCACCAGUGUGCUGGCCAUAUUUGUCUUCUAUCUGCCACCUGGUGCAGGUGAGAAGAUGACUCUGUCUAUCUCAGUCCUCAUUGCUCUCACAGUUUUCAUGCUGUUGUUGGCUGACAAAGUUCCAGAAACAUCACUUGGCAUUCCUAUCAUCGUUAACUAUGUAAUGUUCACCAUGAUCCUGGUGACGUUCUCAGUCAUCCUUAGUGUGGUGGUCCUGAACCUUCACCACAGGACUCCCAGCACACACCACAUGCCCGUAUGGGUGAGAAAGAUUUUCAUCAACUUACUGUCCCAUUAUUUGGGUGUGCUGAGGCCCCAAAUCGAGGAACCAGUGGAGGAUGAGCCAAAAGAAAACAUCCCAUUGGGUUGUCUGGACAAAGGUCUUAAACCUGGAGGUGAAUAUUUCAUCCGAAAGAUCAACCCAGAACUGGUAUUGCCUUGGAGAGGAAGUUAUAAUGAGAGUACUGUGAAGUUGCAGAGGUUUUCAAACAGUGACAACUAUUGUCUGAUUCUGCCUCCGAAUCUCAAAUCUGCAAUCGCCGCCGUCACGUACAUGGCUGAACAACUGAAGAAACAGGAUGUGGACGAUACUAUGACAGAUGACUGGCAGUACAUUGCUGUGGUUUUGGAUCGUCUCUUCCUUUGGCUCUUUGUCAUCAUUACCACCCUGGGCACACUGGCCAUGUUUCUGGAUGCCAGUUUCAACUACACUCCUGACCAACCUUUUCCAUGAGUACAUCCCGACGACAAGCACACAGCUACUGCACAGCUCCUACUCUUUUCUGUCUGCCAGCAGUGGUUUGUUAAAUCCUUCCUGGAUCUGACUUGUCAUUGAACCAUUAGGAUAUAAAGUCUGACGAGCAUGCUGUAACUCCAUUUUUAGCCAGUCUAGCUACGGUAAAGAUAAUGAACUGAUGACCAGUCAGUUCUAAUCAACAUUACCUGACAGUUUUCUGGCUGGCACACCUCUUUUUUCAGGUAGCGAUUCAAACAUUAACUAACAUUAUGUUGUCCAUUUAUUAUAAUUGUGAUGAACCACAUACUCUUGGCUAAUUCUCAGAUAAUAUGAGAUUUAAAACUUAAAAAAUCUGAAUAAACAGGCAGAGCCAAACUUGUGGCUCAUGUUUAGCCUAAAUUCCUAAAGCAACACAAUAUAUUAGUUCAUGAUUACCUUACAGCAGCUUUUACUAGGUUAACAUUAAAUUAUCUGGAUUAACCUGACCAAUUUCAAGCUAGUUUGUUAAUAUUUUGUGUUGGAUCAUUUACUGUAGCAUGCAAUUAAAGUUAUUAUUUUUCUUUUAUUGAGUCAUGGAAGUCUUUAAAGUCAGCAUGAAAACAAAAUGAACAUUACUAUAUUUUUUCUAUACGUUUCUGGUCUUGGUGCACUUUUUUUUUUUCAAGACAAAUAACAAAGUAUUUUUGAUCAUUUAAAUGCAGUCUUUGUAAGCACAAAAAAACAAAAAUGUUUUUCGUUAUGUUUAGUUGAAAGUUAUUAUCAGUUGAAAAAAGACGAAUUCCUUCAAAUUCCUAGAUUACAUCAGUUUGGCUUGUGUGCCUACAUUUCUGUGAGAAGGCACCUAUUUGCAUAAGAAGUAAAAGAAAGAGGUAAGAAAUAAUGAAAUAAGAAAAGCUCAUUAGCCGAGUCACUGCUUUUGAGGGGAAACCAGAGGCCUGUGUGUUUUAUUGCUAACGGUUCAGUGGGCUUCUAAGGAGGCUUACACCAGUUUAAUCACUGUUUUUUUCACUGUUUAUAAACUUCAAAAAAAGCCCUGGAGCCAGUCAAAAGAAAAGCCAUGAAGGGAGUUUCUGUUCUUCUUGGGGCUGAUUUAGCACUGUCUGUUCCCCCUUUACUGAGUGUUGUCUGUUUACUGGAACUAGGUGGGGACAGAAGCUUCGAAAAAAUGUCAAAGUUUCUUUUGUGUGUCAAGGCUACUUGGCCCAGUGCUCAUGAACCAGCCAACUGCGUGACAGAUAAAUCAGGUUACCAGGGUUGACUGGAGUAGUGUGUGCUAAUGUCAAGAUGUUACUGAAGCAAAGGCAUUCCUUCUAAUGUAUCUUCUAACUGUUGUUCCUCCUCCUCACAAUCUCUUCUCUAAGAAUUCUGAGAACAAAAUUGUGAUGGUUAAAUAUUUGUUUAAAUCCUAUAUGUUACCUUUAAAAUUCUUUAAAUGAAACUAUCAACUAAAAACAUCAGGGUGUCAGACAUAGACUCUUUCUGGAGGGAAAAUUAUUUCCCUUUGAAAAGCAUUAUUGCUAGGUUAUAGAUAUUUCCUCUUUACCUUUGUGUGAUGAUUGUAACAUUGGCGCCAACUCUACUGCAGACAAUAGUUGAUAGUGUUCCAGAUUUUUUUCCCCCUUUCACUGGAAGUCCAGAGGUCACCUGAUGGAAUGGUUGAACGUGUCCUCAGAAUCAGAAUCAGAAUGAGCUUUAUUGCCAGGUAUGUUCACACAUACGAGGAAUUUGUUUUCGUGACAGAAGCAAGAUGUAAGUUGAGGUCCCGAGACUGGAUAGGCAAUAGCAGUGGAUUGCAUUAAAUGUGAAACUUUUUAGAGGUAAACAAACAUAAAUGGAAGGUUUUUAAAAUGUAUCAAUGUAAAUUAAAGCAUGCAAAAUAACAAUAGGCCUGAUAAUAGGCUUAUUAAAUUGCAAUAA